AUGAAUAUCCUACAACUCUUAUCGGUUGCAUACGGUGGUGCAAAGGAGGAGCGCACGGCGGCCACGGACCAGUUGGAGCAAGCCUUGGAGUCCCCGCAAGCUCCGUUCCAUUUGGUGACUUUGAUCCGCGCUGGGACGGACCCGGCAUUACCGGCGGAACAAAGUCUAUCAGCCCUUAUUUACGCGAAGAACUAUAUUGUUAAUAAAAUUGAUGACAAAGCGGACGGUGACGUCGCUCAAGCUGUUGCCGACAUACAGCUGUUGUUGUAUGAUGGCAUCUUCCGAGUACCGCAAACCCACCAGAAGGUUAUUUGCACGUGCAUCAGCACGCUUAUUAGUCUAUUUCAGUGGAAUUACGUACAUAAGCUGAUGCCGGAAAUUAUAUGCAGCAGAGACGGGAUUACCGCAGACCGUUCAAUUGCCUCCUUGAGACUGUUGUAUGUGUUUGUGAAGCGCUACAAGACACCCAACCUUGUGCCCAUGGGGGACAAGUUGGAGGUCUGCAGCGCCCUCAUCACUGCAUUGACCCCCUUCCUGUCCUACGGGGAUUUUCAAGUGGACCAUAUGGUAUUAAAAAUUAUGGAAUGCGUCGUCGAGGCAGUGUUACAAGUGAAGCGUGAUCAUAACAUUCCGGCCAAUGUUUUUGACGAUUGGUUCAGCACCAUGGUCACUUACCCUGAACGUCAUUUUGCGGCUGCUAACGACGCCGCAGCGGGGGGCUCGCAGAAGGUUUACGAAUCCUAUGUUCGUUGCGUCAAGCGAAUUGCCAUGAUAUCCUACUCCAUAAUGAAUGAUGCAACGAAAAAGAAGAGCCCCCAACCUGUGGCCAAGCACUUUCUAGAAACACAUGCACAGGCAUUUCUCGAGGUUUGGCCACGCUGGUUAGAGUACUCGGCGACGUCAAAGGCGCGAAGUCAGCACCAAAGCACCGACAUCGCCGCCAUGCGUUAUUUGAAGCUGUGCACAUUUGAUGAGAAUCUCUAUCGAAAGUGUCUCCUUCCCCGACUAUUGCAGGUGGUGGAAUCCUCGUUAUUUCCUUAUCUUUGCUGCAAUGAAGAGGAUGAGGCUGUCUUCGCAAACGCUGACGAUAUCUCUGACUUUGCUCAGUACAUGUUGGAGGGGACCUUCGAGGACGGUGAGGUGUCCACGCGCGUCACAGCAUCUAAUACAAUAGUAGCUUUCAUUAAGGGGAAUAAGGACUACCAGGAGAACCUGCUGCCACAAAUGUUGAACGUGAUUACCGUUGGUCUUUCCAGAGGAGACACAUCGGAGACGUUCGCUCAGACCUUUGGGUUUCUACAUCUCUUCUCGGCGCUUCGGAAGUAUCUUCGAAGUGACCGUGAGGUGUGGAACACGCAAGUUGCUCAGUUUCUUGUUUCGUUUGUUGCACCGCGUAUGCUUCCCACCGCCUUCUGCAUUCCUUUGCGGUUUAAGGCCACAACGACUUAUCAGCGCUACGUCAGGGCGCCAAUGCGAACCGAGGAUUUUGAUUCAUUCUUCCAACUUCUUUCCUCCCUUCUGCAGGAUCCUGAUGCCCGUAUUCGGUUGGGUGUAAUCGACGUCAUGUGUUCCUUGGUUGAAAUGAAGCGGGUCUGGCCGUAUAUAAAGAACGUCCUUGUCCCGCUCGUUGAAGAGUGCUUGGGUUUCCUUAACCGAGUCCAUACAACCCUUGUGCCCACGAUGUUGUUGUUCCUCGUUGAAAACUUCUCACCAGAGCUGAAACCGGUGCUUCACAAACUCGGCGCAGCGCUUGUGAAUGUUUUUCUAGCAACUGCAUUCGAUAUGGCGCACCAAGAAGAAGCAAUGGAUGAAAAUGCUCUACAAGACUAUUGGAGCGCAGAUAUGAGCGCCUGCGCGUUGCUCGACGCGCUGCAAAAUGUGUUGGAGGCUUCUGCCAACGAUUCACAGGUAUUCAAGAGUAUAAUGCCUGAUGUUGUGCGGUUGAUAAGGGCAGUAAUGGAAAGACCAGAUAACUAUGAAUUCAUGGAGAAGACACUUGGAAUAUGGCUGAUCGUGGUCAACAAUGCGAAGCCCAUCACACGCGAGUGUUGGGACUUGCUUCCGUUGCUAUUCAAGUCCAUCGACUCAGGCAUCGGGGUAGACUUUUUUGGAUUAAUUGAAGAAGUAUUGGACAACUACAUAUCGAACGAAGCAGCAGAGUACGUUCAGAAUACUGCCCUGAUGGAGGCAACGUUUGGGGCGUGCGAAAAAAUUCUUUUUCAAGCCGUGUGUGGUGUGAGCGACAAAGUGGGUGUGCCACAACUUGUUGAGGCGCUGCUCCAUCAGUCAAAACACUGUGAGGCGGUACCCGGCUUGUUUGAUGCCUACUUGCCUCGCUUUGUUUUGCUGCUACUUCGUGCCCUGGCGGACAAAAACGCUCACGAGGGGGAGGUGCGACUGCGCGUUUGGAUCGUGGUGGCAGUGAUGGACGCCUUCUACUAUAACGCCGCGGCCACACUUCACAUCAUUAUGGAGAAUAGUGCCUACUCUCAGUUCUUCGACUCCUUGUUCAACUUCUUCCGCGCAGCGAUAAAUCCACCUCAGAAAACGAAGGGGAAGAAGAAACGCGGGAGCGGUGGAAAGAAUGCGGAUGAAGAAGUUGUUGAGAAUCUAUCGCUCCUCACGCGCAAGGUUCUUGCAUUAGGGCUCAUUUCCCUUCUACAAUACCUUACAUCGACCUCUUGUGUAACCUUCCAGAGUAGCAUUAAUUUAACCUCGUUCCAACCAUAUCUUCGACAAACGGUGGCGUUGAUUCAGCACUGCAUUUUCGCCAAUCACACACAACUCGUACCUCGAUGUCGCAUAAGCGAGGAGAAAAUAACAAACAUACGCCUCGGAGUUGAGUCCGAGGAAGCGGAAGAAAUCGAUGUGGAGGAUGAAGAUGUGCUUGGAAUAGAUGACUUCAGUGACGGUGGUUCGAAUGUUGAUGACUGCACUCUUGAUAGCGAUGAUGAAGAUGAGGAUGUUGAGGGAGGUGUAGAUGAAGGUGACAACUAUAUGAGUCCUAUCGACGACGUAUGCGAGGUUACGCUCUUUAUACAGUGGAUGGUUCAUGCACAGCAGGCUCUUGGAGAUGAAUUCACGCAACAGCUUGGGCGCAGCGUUCCUCUGAAAACGAUGGAGGAAUAUACCGCUGCUGAGGCAACAGCCCGCCGUUACCGUGAGCUUGUGCGUGAGCUGAAUAGUGCAAUGGAGGAAGACUACAAAGUUCGCUCGGCAGCUGCAGCGCAAACUCAGUAG